CUUUUCUGAGCGUUUUCGUCCAAAAUCCGCCGAACGUGGACGGCCUUUACGUUCCCAAAAACAGAUUUGCGCCAUAAACAAGGCCAAAGGAUGUACCAUGCCCAGGGACCUGAAGUUAUUCUACUUCGCAUUUUUUCUUAUGCGUGCAGAGCAAAAAAGAUCUUGGUUUUUAUGAUACGCAAUUCAACAGACCAGGAGUGACUCGAGGAGCUUCAGCAGCACAG